GGUUUUGAUCAAUUGAUGUGAAUCUGUGGUUAGUGUAGUUGGUUUACUUUGAUAAAAAGAAUUGUCGGAACUCUGAAGAGUCUAACUGUACAAUUGUACAUCCAGUGAUAACAAAGACAAUGAACGUUUGUUCGUGAUUUUUUAAUUUAUAUACAGAACUUCAGAGGUGAAAAUGAAGCCUCUAAUAGAUUUUGAUGAAUGUCUCAGAGAUUCACCCAAAUUUAGGGAACAGCUGGAAACCGAAGAGGCUAACAUUGAAGGUUUGGAACAAAAGCUUGAUAAAGUUCUCAAGACUUGUUCUGUUAUGAUUGAAUCGGGCAAAACAUAUAUGAAUCAUAGAAGCACAUUCACAAAUGCUCUGUGGGAUCUGAGCAGUAGCUUUUCAGAAGAUUCAACUGUGGUGUCAGCAUUGCAUAGAAUGAUACAUGCUUUGCAAGAAAUGACCAAGUUCCAUUCAAUACUGUUGGAUCAAGCCUCAAGAACAAUACUUAAGAACCUUACAGCUUUUAUUAAAGUUGACAUUAAAGGUGUGAAAGAAAGCAAACAUCAUUUUGAUAAAAUCUCAAAUGAAUUGGAUAUAGUAUUAAAUAGAAAUUCUCAGGUAUCUCGUCAUAAGUCCACUGAUGUGGAAGAAGUCAUGAAUCUCUUACUUGCCACUCGAUCGUGUUUCCGGCACACAGCACUGGAUCAUGUCCAGAAGAUUACGAUGCUUCAAGUGAGGAAACGUCAUGAGAUAUUGGCUACGUUCCUAUCGUAUUUGCAAGCCUGUAGCACAUACAAUCACCAGGGCGCCGAUCUGUCCGAAGAUUUGGAACCAUUUCUUAAAUCCACCGCUGACGAGAUUGCAACAAUGCGUAACGAUACUAAGUCGCUGGACAAAGAGAUGGAAAAUCGUCAUACUAUAGUUAAUAGCAAGGAUACUGUGCUACCAAGUUGUAUCAUGAGCAGUGACGGUGAGAAGGAAGGUACGAUCAGCCCGUGUCUGAAGAACAUGCCCAGGAUGCAGGGGUACCUGUUCAAGCGAACGUCCAACGCCUUCAAGACCUGGAACAGAAGAUGGUUCUAUUUAUACGAUAACCGACUCGUCUACAGGAAAAGAACCGGUGAAUUGAACGUUACUGUUAUGGAAGAGGAUUUGCGCCUGUGUACCGUCAAACCUGUGUACGACGGGGAGAGGAGGUUCUGUUUUGAAGUACUAUCACCAUCAAAGAGUCACAUGCUUCAGGCGGAUUCGGAGGAAAUGUUGAACUCGUGGAUAGCAGCGCUACAGAACGGUAUACGGUCCGCCAUACAGCAGGGACAGAGCAGGGACAACCCGGACUCGCAGAUGGUGUUGGUACCCGACGACACCAAACAGACCAGCAAACAUAACCUGACACCUGCUAUGAAGAAAAUAAGGAUUUGGGAGCAGUUGUUGAGUAUACCCGGCAACAACGAGUGCUGCGACUGUGGCGCCCCCAACCCGCGCUGGGCCAGCAUCAACCUGGGAAUAACGCUGUGUAUAGAAUGUUCGGGCAUACAUCGCUCUCUCGGUGUCCACGUCAGCAAAGUGCGAUCACUAACGCUAGACGACUGGGAACCAGACAUUAUAAAGGUAAUGGCUGAGUUAGGUAAUAAGGUAGUUAAUUUAAUAUACGAAGCUAAUACUGAGGGUGCAACAGUUACUCGAGCUUCGCCGGAUUGUGAGACAUCUGUCCGCGAGGCGUGGAUAAGAGCUAAGUACGUUAAGCUAGAGUUCGUUCGUGACAUCAUACACACCAACAUGGAGGUGCAGGAAACGCCGCUCAGGAACGGCAGGAGGUGGUCCGUGAGGCGGGCCAGGCGGAGAGUGCGCGCCCCCGCCGCUGUGCCGGAGACGAUCCCCGACGAGAAGAGUGACGUCAACAGCAACACGAGCGAGAGCUCAUCGUCCGGCAGCCCCGUGCUGUUGAUAGGGACGGAGCUGGUCGCUCCUCGGCCUCUGCACCUCGCGCUGCCCUCCGACCACGACUCCACUGAGGGCGAGGACGAUGACAUAGCCGCUGAGGAUAUAUCGAGUCUGUCGGCGAGCGCGGUGCUGUCCCGCGCUGCCCGAGCUCACAACGUGUGUGUGAUGCGAGCAGCGCUGGCGGCGGGCGCGGACGUGUCCCACAGCGACCGCGGCGGUCGCACGCCUCUCCACGCAGCCGUACUCAGCGGUUCAGUGAUGGCGUGUUCGUUCCUACUUUUGAACGGUAGCAAGCUGAAUUGUCAGGACGAGGACGGUAUGACGCCGCUACACCUCGCUACCGAGGCGGGACACACCGGGCAGGUGUGUCUCCUACUGCGCUACAAGGCCGACCAGUCGCUGUGCGACAAAGAGGGUCGGACUCCGCUGGACAUGGCUGUGUCGCACGCCAACGCGGAUAUCGUCACGCUUCUCCGUCUGACGAAGCUGAACGAGGAGAUGCGCGAGAGUGAGAUGGCUUCCAACGACGACACGUACAACGAGGUGUUCAGAGACUACACGCAGCUGGCUCACUCGCACCCGGAGAGGCUCGUGCGGGCGCGGCACAACAACAACGACGGUGAACAAACCAGUGAAUGACGAAGGCACAGAAAGUUUCGGCGACUACAGCUGUGGUGGCGAGACCAGUGAUGCGGUGAUUAGUGAUGUGCCGAGUACACCUUACUAUGUCGACGGAUUAUCCACCUUAUAUUCUAGGUGCAUAGGUGGAAUUUUAAACAUAACUAUGGAAAACUAUGACAUUAUAAUAUAUUCGUGUCCGAGAUAGUUUCAAGCGUAAUCAAUUAUUUAAAACCGUUAAUGUUGUUGAGUAAAAAUUUUAAUAUCGAUAUACAUGUUUUUCACUAGGCACAUCUCUAACUGUUAUUUAUACACCUAUGAUAUAGGUCUGUUGUAAACAUUGUCAAUGCAUUUAUUGGUAUGUGGCUAUUGAAUUAUUUGUUAUAUUUAGCUCAUUUUAUUGUUUUUGGGUUGUUAUAAGUGAUCGAUCUGUUCUAUAUACUCUGCCAAAUUCCUAUUGUAUAGACUUGACCAUAUCUUCCUAUGAUGUAAUAUGUAAUGAUAAAAAAUAUUUAGGCCAUAUAGCGGUUAUGUGAUUUCAAUCGUUUUAUAAAAAAACCAAAGAUAAAUAAUGAUAGACGAUUAUAGGAUAUGCUAUAUACAGGAUGAUUUAUAUGUUUAUAGAUAGUGAAUAAUUAUAUGAGUAACACUUCCAUUUAAUUGAAAGAUUUUGAUACAAUUUUUUUUUUUAUAUACUAUAAUACAUUCCUCCACAAGGAAUCAGCUGUCAUUCCAUACCACAACAAGGAAUUUUAUCAUAAUGAAUCUCGAUUUAUUUUUUUAUAUAUUUUUUUUUAAGUAUUAAUUAAGGUGUCGUUGUAAAUAAUUAAACUUGCCACACUUUUUUGUCACAUUUUUCCUUAAUUGUUAUAUAAAUGCUACAUUCAUAUAAAAUGUUAACGAAUUUAUAAAUGUAUACACCGUUCACUGUUACAAUAAUUAAGCUUGUUAUACAUUGGUGUAAUAUUAAUUUUGCAAAAAAAUAAUAAUCAUGAAUAUAACUAAAUAAUCUUUUUUUUUGUGUGAUCAAAUCACCAACUCAAGCUUUACAACGAAUGGAUAGUGAUCUUUUGAUUAGUAUUAAAGCUCUUAAAAUGUAUGUUGAUGAAAUGGUACUAAAUUAAAUUGAACCUUGUGCCAUUCGAAUAAAAUCUUAAAUGGACUGUAGAUAUUUAACUAGUGUAUACAUGUUGCAUUCAUAAGGGAUAUAAUACUCUGAAAUUAAUAAAAAAAAAAUAUGUUACAUCUGC